CCUCCACUUAAGAUAACAUUUGAGUAGAUCAUAUCCUUUCAGAGCCGCUGCACAUAGACUGGACCGGAGCCCCAGACACAGAUACCGUGAUGGACACUAAUUUCGAUGAGACAUACAUUCUGCUUCUCCUCGCAGACUCUAAUCUACCCACGGGCUCAUUCGUUGCGUCCUCUGGGUUUGAGUCCUACGGAGCACAUGGUUUACUCCGUCUUGCACCCGUAUCAAGUGCGGGCAAGGGAAGAACAGUUACAGCGGGCACAAUCGCCUUCAUUCAAGACAGCCUGCAUACCUACGCUCGAAGCGCUCUACCAUUCGUGUCGGACGCUCAUCGUGUAGUAGAUGCAUUCAAGGAGAUCGAGGGCAAGCCAGAGACCAGCCAUGACGCUACAAUCAGGAAAUUAUUGGAGCUGGAUGAGUUAUAUGAAACUAUGACACUCAAUCAUGUGGCUAAGCGCGCCUCGAAAGCCCAGGGGGUAGCACUCCUCACACUGUACUCAAAAGGGUUUGCUCGCCCUUCAUGCCCCAGUGAUGAAGACCACCUUUCAGAGAGCUUGACCGUCCUCAUCGAUCGUCUAAAGCUCAUUGUUCGCGGAGAAGAGACGCAUGGACAUCUGCCCGUGUGCUGGGGGGUGCUGACCAGUGCUCUCGGAGUUUCACUUCUGCGAGCUCAACACCUUUUUCUGUUUCUCCAUGCCCGUUCACUUCUUUCCUCGGCUGUUCGCUUGAAUACGAUAGGACCCUACAGUUCACAACAGCUUUUGCUCCACUCAGUGAAACCCCUGGUCGAGGCGGAAGUAUCACAGAAUAAGGAUAUACGUACCGGAAUUUUGGGGGGCAUGCAUUGUAAUGAUGCGGAUGAUUGGCCUGCUACGACAUGGCCCCUUGGCGAAAUCCUCGCUGUUCGACAUGAUUUACAGCACUCGAGAAUAUUCAAUAGUUAAUCAGCCUUGUACGUUGCUUUUAUUUUGGUGGAAGACAAUGGCUGCCUGCAUAAUUGAGCGAAGUAGGGAGAGGGAAGUGCCAGGGUGCAGUACUUUUUACUUUGUCACCGCGUCAUGAACAGUACGGUCCUUAAGUAAAGUCGAAGCUUAGAUAUAAUGCAUAUCUAAUAUCUAAGACAACCGCCCCAAUGGAA